AUGCGCUCGUCCUGCGCUAGCAUAAAUUUUCUCGCUCUGCUGGCAGAAUUUUUUUCGUUCUGCGCUGGCAGAAAUUUUCUCGUUCUGCGCUGGCAUCCGUCUCUUUCACAGCUCGAAUUCGGCGCUGUCGUUUCUUGGUUCUUGUUCUUGAAUCUUCUCGACAAGAACCUGCUCUGCUCCUACUCCUUUUCCUCCCCUCCCCCCCACCCCUUCUCGCCAUUUCUUCUCCCACCCAGCCGUCGCUCUCGCUCCCAUCCAGCCGUAUCCACUCCCUCACUACCCGUUGACACCUCUCCAACCCACCUCACAAUCACUCCGUCCCAUCCACCCCGCCAUCUCCUCUCCCUUACCUCCCCGCCGUCGCCUCCUCCUCCUCGCCGUCGCAUCCCUCCUCCCCGCCGUUGCCUCACCUCCUCCCCGCCGUCGCCUCUCCCUCCUCCCCGCCGUCGCCUCUCCCUCCUCCCCGCCGUCGCCUCCCUCCUCCCCGCCGUCGCCUCUCCUCCUCCCCGCCGUCGCAUCUCCUCCUCCCCGCCGUCGCCUCUCCCUUCCCCGCCUUCGCCUCUCCUCCUCCCCGUCGUCGCCUCUCCCUCCUCCCCGCGGUCGCCUCUCCCUCCUCCCCGCCGUCGCCUCUCGUUCCUCCCCGCGAUUGCCUCUCCCCACUCCCCGCGGUCGCCUCUCCCCACUCCCCGCUGUCGCCUCUCCUUCCCUCUCCGCCGUCUCCUCCGGCGACAGAAGAAAGAGAUGGAGCGCGAAGGAGAGUGUGUGCGCAUGAGAGAGCGUGUGAGAGAGCGCAUGAGGGAGCGCGUGAGAGAGCGCGUGAGGGAGCGCGUGAGAGGGCGCAUGAGGGAGCGCGUAUGA